AUGAUGAACCAGUUAGGCUUUCCAGGUGAUUUUGUGGAUCUUGUCAUGGAAUGUGUGACCACUCCAAAAUUCUCCUUAAUGUUAAAUGGCACAAUGCAUGGCUUCUUCAAGUCUACAAGAGGAUUAAGGCAGGGAGAUCCUAUCUCUCCUCUCCUGUUUGUUCUUUGUAUGGAAUAUCUUUCCAGAAUCCCCCAUAAAAUGAGUGAACAUCAUCUAUUCCAGUUCCAUCCUAGAUGCCAAGCUUUUUCUGAUUCUACUGGUCUUCUUGCAAACAAACACAAAUCUGCUAUCUACUGUUGUGGUAUGCCUGAGAGAGAUUGUGCUAGAAUUGGGUGCCUAUAUGUGCUAAUUAAGAGAGUCACUGCAGCUCAGUGUGAUGUUUUAGUUGAUAGGAUGAUUUCUAGAACUAAAAUAUGGAGUUCUAGGAACUUGUCUUACACAGCUAGAGUGCAUCUCAUAAAUUCAGUUUUGCUUAGCCUUCACAUGUAUUGGGCACAAAUCUUCAUUCUACCCAAACAGGUGUUGCAGAAUGUUAACAAAGUGUGCAGAGCAUUCCUAUGGAGUGGACAGGCUUACAGCAAUAAGCCAAGCAACAUCUCCUGGGAUAGAUCUUGUUGUGACAAGAAAUAUGGGGGUCUGGGUUUCAGAGAUGUAUUCAAAUGGAACAUAGCCAGUAUGGGAAAGUAUGUCUGGGCUAUUGCUUCUAAACAAGAUAAUGUGUGGAUUAAGUGGAUUAAUGCAGUGUAUGUAAAGGAUGGGGAUUGGUGGACUUAUCAGCCUAAAGCUUCUGCUAGCUGGUAUUGGAAAAGGAUAUGUGCUACAAAAGAGAUGCUCAAAUUAGUGUAUACUCAGGCAGAGUUUGUUGCUAUCACUCACUAUUCUGUGAAGGGUGUUUAUGAGAAGAUCAUUGGUGUAAAACCUCUGAUUCAUUGGGAGUGUAUGGUGUGGAAUAGGUUAAACAUUCCCAAGCAUAGAUUCAUCUGUUGGUUAGCUGUGCAGGAAAGACUCCAAACCACUGCAAAACUGGCAAGAAUUGGAAUUUCCAACUCUGCAACAUGUCUUCUCUGUGGUCAGUAUGAUGAGGAACACUCUCAUCUGUUCUUUAAUUGUCCUUACAGUAGCAGAUGUAUUAUGGCACUUAAAGUUUGGUUGAAUUUAUCUGCUUUAUCCUGUACUCUACUCCAGCUUCUGAGAGUGACAAGUCAUAGUAGAUUGACAAAAUUCAGGAAGCAAGUUGUCUAUGCAGCCUUGGCAGCAGCAGUGUACUUCAUUUGGCAUAGUAGAAACAGCAGUUUCUGGAAUUCUUCUGUCCCAACUAUGCAACAUGUGGUGAGUAAGAUCAAGCAAUCUGUAAAGGAGAGAAUCUUGUAUGUAAUGCCUAAGAAAGUAAGUAGGAAGGAUAGCUUAUGGUUUAUGAGCUUGUAA